GUCACAUUGCUGGACCUAGGGCUUUCUGGUUGCGAAGCUGUUGGCGCUAUCAAGUGCUUGGAGCAUCUGUUUAAGGAGAUGAAAAGUUUUGCUAUGGAGAACAACCUUUACCUGCACAUGAACGCUUCGACCCGCACCAUUCUCUCUUGGUCAUCCCAUGCAGAUUACCCAACGGGGUUCUGGUUUAAAGGAGCUGAUACAGUUGUGGUCAUCAAGUUCCUGAUUUGGAAAUAUACUGGCCUCCUUGAAUCCGUUGCCGAAAGGAACAAUGCGGACUACCUGAAUGAAAUACUCAACUGCCUGAAUGCUGCAAACGAUUUCAUGAGCACCCUCUACCGUUCUGGGCUUUUCUUGUCUAGGCUACGAUUGACCAGAGUAGUACGAGUUGGCAAAGCCAUGUUGAGUAGCUACUCUUUGUGUGCCAGGGCGGCCUUUCACAG